AUGGAUUGGUUCACUGUAAACGUGAGUAACGUUACUUUGGAGGGUGCACUGUCUGGGGAUGAGCCGCGAGAUGAGCGCUUGGCCCAAGUGGAAAUAGCUCUCCUGUCCAUCAUCUUCAUCACUGCAGGAAUCCUAAACUUCGGGCUCUUGUUGGUGCUGUGGAAGCGGAGGAAGACGCUCUCCAGGAUGCGCGUCUUCGUUUUCCACCUGUGCCUCGCCGAUCUGGUGGUCACAUUCUUCCAAGUUUGUCCCCAACUCAUGUGGGACAUCACGGACCGAUUCGUGGGGCCAGAUAUAUUGUGUCGCUUAGUGAAGUAUCUGCAGGUGGUCGGGAUGUUUGCCUCCACUUAUAUGAUCGUAGUGAUGACGAUGGACCGAUAUCAAGCCAUCUGCAACCCCAUGGUGACGUUCCAGAGGCGCAGGGCGCGCUGGAACGGUCCGGUGUGCGCCGCCUGGUGCGUCUCUCUCAUCGGCAGCCUCCCGCAGAUCUUCAUCUUCUCUCGGGUCGAGGUCGCUCCCGGUGUGUACGACUGCUGGGCUCAGUUCAUCAAGCCAUGGGGACCGAGAGCCUACGUGACCUGGACGACUCUGGUGAUCUUCGUCCUGCCGAUUCUCAUGGUGAUCGUGUGCCAGGUGCGCAUCUGCCGGACUGUGCACAUUAACUUUCACAUGAAGACGCAGCACAUUGCAGAGGCGACUAGUAAGCCGCUGUCCUCCAGGGCCAGCAGCGUGGCAGGGGUGUCCAAGGCGAGGGUGAAGACGGUGAAGAUGACCGUGGUCAUCGUGCUCGUCUACAUCAUCUGUUGGACACCUUUCUUCACCGUGCAGCUCUGGUCCGUCUGGGACGUUAAGGCGCCCACUCACACUGCAACCUUCACCAUCUUGAUGCUGCUGGCCAGUCUGAACAGCUGUGCCAACCCCUGCAUCUACCUGCUGUUCAGCGGGAAGCUGCCCAAGGCGCUCAUGGCCCUGAUGUGUAUGGGUCAGCCUGAUAUGAAGGAGCCCAUGCAGGAGGAGGCCACCAUGGUCAGCUCCCUGUACAUCAGCCUCAAGAGUCUGUCAGACUGCAGAUAAAAGGAAAUAUGAAACCCUUACAAGAAAACAGACUUACUGACAUCCUCUAAUAAGUGUGAGGACAAACAUCACAGCACAACUACAAAUCCCUUUAUUAACAGUUUAUUAAAGUGGGAUCACAUUGUAGAAAUGAACAAUAUACAACGUCUGUUCACAUAGAAACUCACACACCACAAAUGUUUGCAGGGAUAUUACAGUGAAACAUUAAGUUUGAAUCCAUGAUUACAUAACACAUACUCUCAUAUGUCAUAGGAUUAUUAUAGAGCUUUGGUUCUACAGAUCCAUAUUGUUUUUUGGUCCACUUUGAUCCAGGGUGACAUAUCACAACCACUACUAGUACAGACAUUCAUGUUCCCAAGAAAAUGGAUAUUAAUGACAAUCCCUUGACUCAUCCCAUAUCACUACCAGCAGGUCAAAGUUUUCAACUCUUGAAUGAAAUAGCUUAGCAUUUACUUGAUGUGUUGGCACAAAAUGUACAGUCAUUCACAGUUCCCAGAGGAUGAUUCAUAAUAUAUUUAAUGAUCCUCUGACUCACCUAGCGUCGAUGUCAGGCAAACAGCAAACAUUUGAAUUUGUCCAGUACUUUGGUUUAUAACCAAAUACCAGCAAAAAUAAUGACAUUCCCAUCAGCCUCAGCUAUGUUUUAUGUUUAGUGACAACUAUCCUGCCAUAAACAGACCAAACUUUACAAGCACUGUGUCAGCGCUGGAGAAAGGUCAGGCUGCACAUAA